UAUCAGGGAAUACAAAUGAAAAUGUAGGAAUAUUUUGAUGUUUAUGUUGUGAUAUCUUUGCUAAAUUUCUAUUUAUCAUUUACGUAAAGUUGCCUGGUGAUUUUCCUCUCUAUUCUUCAUGAUUCMAAAGCGUGAAUGUCCAAAGAAUGACGUCCCUUCGGCUAUUACUCGACUACAAGCAGAUUUCUUCAAACCAACACCAAUCGACGAAACUAAAUAUUGAACAAUGGACCAGCAAAACGAUCAAAGAUAUAAAAUACAUCAUCCAAACAACACUUUCUAUCCCUAUUUGCGAUCAGAGAUUGUUUUACCCCGAGAAACAUUUGAUAAACGAUGAUUGUGCAACCCUAAAAAGCUUGUAUUUAAGGGAUGGCGACAAGCUGUACCUGGAAUAUUUAUCAGUGAUUGACAUUGAAGGAAUGGACUCAUUAAUHGAUGAUUUAUUAGAGUUUGCAGCUAAUAUAAAUCACUGGAAAGAAGACGAUAUACUUGAUGUGAAAACCAUGAGAGAUCCAACAGAGUUUCCUAAGUAUGACCUUAUUACAAGAUCGACAGAGCGACUCGCUUUUGAGUAUUUCAUUCCAUGGAAGAAUUCAGUGUCAGUUGCUCARAGACAUUACUUUGUUCAACGUGGUGCAUUUGAUAAAUUUCUUGAUGUUUUCAAGUUUGCAGAGCUUAGAUACACAUGUACUUACAGCACAGAAAAUGACCCAAAUUAUAGCUUACGAGAGUUAGGUGGUUUGGUGGACUAUUAUAACAAUGAACAGAGGGUCCUUCAGAUGCACUGUUUGAGUUUGUUAUGGAACUUCUCAGAAACUGAUGUUGAUCGUAAGCUUGUCUUGCAACAUGAUGGAUUGAAGAUGGUCUGUGAUGCCUUACUCAGAGAUCCAAUUCCAUAUACUCCUGGAGACAGCACGUUUUGGGUUGUAAAUAGCAUCAAUGAAACUGCAGUUGGAUGCCUUGUGCAGUAUGCAGAAUACUCCAAUAUCCAAGAUUCAAUAGUGAACAACAAACGAGCUAUCAACAAACUUGUCUUCAUGGUAAAUUGUCGUCUUCAUCGUGAAAUAACUUACUACAGCGUGUAUUCCUGCCAGAUUGCAGCUAAUACAUUAUUUCUUUGUGCAUGCAACWGCAAGACGCCCAUUGUACUUGUAGAGAAUAAUGUGCAUUUGAAGAUGAUUGAMCUGACYAAAGGCUUAAUGACACAGGACCAUGAUAUGGCACUGAGAUAUUAUUGCUGUCUUUUUCUGGCUCGAGUCAUUGCAUGUCCUCAUCCAAAACAAUUACAAAGUGACCUUGUUAAACAAGUAGAUGAAUUAUUGGAAAUGUUUUUGAAAGAGCACACUGCACAAGAAGUUUCAAAGUGGGAAGAGCAGCAUAAUUAUGUCUGGAUAACAAUGAUGCCCUUUUUAAGUCUGGCAUUYGCUGGUGGAUCAAUUACCAGUGAAUAUUCSUUGAACAUCCAUGGUCCAGGAACACAGUUAACACAGCAAAUAGGACUAUUUUGCCUUGACCAUAUGUCAAGACUGAAAGAAAAUGUCAUUCUUCUAAUGAAAGAAAAAUUGUUGCCAUUUAUCACUUGCCUGAGAUGGUAUCUUAGAGGAACUAACAAGGAAAUUAUGGAUAUCAUUCUUCAAAGAUUACCUGCUUCAGAUCCGCCUUCUCUCUCUGUUAUUGCUAAAAGCCAAAUUGCAAGAAUGAAUGGUUUAGAGUUUGCAAUAAAAUUAAGAGCAUAAAAUUUGUAUUUGGUAUAGGUUAAAUGUCACAUACCAAAUUAUUUUGACAGGAAAGUAACCAAAGUUUCACAUGAAAUUCUAAUUCUACUUUUAUUAUUGUCUUUCUUUACAAAAUGAAUAUGGUUUACWAGUAAUUUACAUUGUGUAUCAAAUCCAGAGCUAACAAAUAUUGUUCUUUGGCCAAUCAUGGUCUUGUUUAUAAGAAAGGUUAUAAAAUAGUACAAUAUAAUUAUGAAGUUGUAAAAAGGCAGUUGACUAGACAUGUUACUGAGCAAUUUUCAUGUACAGUGUUCUUGUUGAAUAUAAUUMUYAUGCAUUACAAAUAAUACAUGUAGAUUUGUUCGUAUGUGUUCUUAUGAGAUUUCUUAUGAUUUCUUUUAUAUUUUGACAACAAAUGAAAUAUAUUGUUUAUUGUUAUUGCAAUGCAUAAAUGUUUGGAUAGCAUUUUAAAUUUAGUGUGAUACAUUAAUAAUCAAUAUAAAUUGAUAAUCAUUAUUGAUUUUAACUAUAUCAUACCACAACCAUUGUUGUGUUCGUAAAUCCAGUUCCUUUAUUAAUAUGUGCAAAUAGUCUAAUAUACCUGUACAUUAGACAGCUACAUAAGUACAACAGGUCAAAUAGUGCUCACCCUUGAAUUAAUGUCCAGAUCUAAGAGAACUGGCAGUAGGAGCAUUAUUAUGACUAUUUUAUCUAUUGUAGCAGCUAAUGUGUAUAUUUUGAGUUUAAAUGGUGACUGCACUAAAUAAAAAUAACAGUAUUGUUGUGAUUA